GUACCGAGAUAACAAAGGAUGAGAGAACAACGAUUUAUUAUUUUUUAUUAUUUUCGUACUAUUCGAGUCGUAGUAACCUGUCUUUCCCACGGCGGAUAUGGCCUCGAUUACGUUUCAGGUAUUCUUGAGUGAUUGCCCACCAUCGCUACUAUCGUUGUUCGGUCCACCGCCUCUUCAUACCAGUAGUAAGUUCAUCCUACACACAUUGCCUGCCUUGUUAUCACAGAAACACAAUGAACAGAACGCUUCUGGCACUAUACCAUCUUAAUCACGAUCCCUCUUUUUCUUAUCGCGACGUUCGAGCAACCACUCGCCUCGUUCGCCGAUAUCUGCUUAUUCCCCUCAGGGCCAUCGUAUUUACCUCCAGCCUGAGUCCUCGCACGAACGUUGGCCCUCUACCCGAAUCCGCUAGUACUAGUAUAAACUAGAAGAAGUUGAGAAGUCGGCCUUAAAACUUGCUGAUGACAUGCUUUAUGCAACGUCCAUUCGACUUUUUUUCGGGGUGACUCCACCCUCUUUAUACUUCUUUCAUGGCGGUCCUACACGAUGCCACUAACCUGGUCCUGGCCUCGCCCCAACUUGAUCAUUAUACCCGGCCUGUCAACUGACCAGGCAAAUUCUCCUUGUUGUAUUUACACGUUCCAUACACGCCUUAGACGACCACAUGCCAGUGAUAACCAUCCGCUAAAAGAAGGUCCCCCCACUUCCCAUCAGUUCCGUUUUGCGUCUGCUGUCCAAAGAACUAAACAAUCAUGCUUUCAACACAAGUCUAGAGCUCAAGCCUAAGGACCGCCGAUAGCGCAUCAUUCACCGGUCGGCCAUCUUCACCCGUAUACGGCUUCCCCUCUCAGCUCAGCACCUUUCUCUCGCCGCAUCGUCGUACCUGUCCAUCUUAUCUUUUGCACAGGCGCCAACUGAUUGUCAGAUGAAGCAAAUGCCUGUGCCAUUUCCGGUCCAUGUUACCAUCGGAACAUUUCUACUUUAAUGAUGCUUCAUUUCAGGUAAGACGAACAGAUGGGCGUUUUCAUUGUGAUAAUGUUCAU